UUGAUAUGGCCGGAAUUUGGGAAAGCGGUAAUGUUGUCGCAGAUCAUCGGGAUUUGCAGGCCAAUACAAUGGCUGUGAGCAGCAAUGGCCAAUAUGCAAUACUAGCUGGACGCAGACAUAUGGCUGUUAUAAAUUUAGAUCAACCUUCGCUUGUUGUGCACAAAACCAGUCGUCAUAGUAAAUGGGAUGUAUCAACAGCUGAGUGGAACCCUCACCAAAUUGAAAGUUUUGCACUUGCAUGCAACCAAAGAACUGAACUGUAUGCUUGGAAUAAAGGUGAAAUAACUCAAACUGGAUCACUUAAAGCUCAUACAAGAUCUAUUAGUGACAUGAAUUGGUCUAUUUUUGAAAAUAAUAUUUUGGCUACUGCAUCCAUUGAUACUUUUAUUCAUCUUUGGGACAUUCGUGAAUCAAGGAAACCAUUCAUAUCUCUCUCUGCAGUUGCUGGCGCAUCUCAAGUCAAGUGGAACAAAACGCAUUCUCAUACACUUGCAACUUCUCAUGAAGGCGAUAUUAGAUUAUGGGAUAUAAGAAAAGGAACAAGUCCAGUACAGUACAUAACUGCGCAUUUAUUUAAAAUACAUAAUAUUGAUUGGUGCCCUUAUGAUGGAAACGUACUAGCUACUUCCAGCCAUGAUUGUACAGUUAAGUUCUGGGAUGUUACAGUUCCUGCCAAAAUGGAGGAUACGUUGCAAGUUUCUUGUCCUGUGUGGAGGGCACAGUAUACGCCUUUUGGACAUGGAUUACUUACUGUUGUUGUCCCUCCACUUCGCAGAGGAGAUAACAGCCUCUUAUUGUGGGAUAUGAACAAUUUUACUAAUGCUGUUCACAAAUUUUUUGGACAUUCAGAUGUUGUUGUUGAGUUUGGUUGGAAGAAACCUUCAGACGUGUCAAAAGAUUACCAACUCAUAACGUUUGCUAGGGAUCAUUGUUUACGGACGUGGCUUGUUGAUAUCAAUCUACAAAAGUCUUGUGGACUUAAAGUUCAAGAUGAUGAUUUAGAUAUGGACAUGAAUGACCUACAUGAUGCAAAUGACCAAACAUCAUCAACUAAUGUAAAGGAAACUGAGCAUGGAAUGGCAAACAUAUCUUUGAAUUCACCUGUGAACCAAAAAGAGCGAAAUGGAAGUGUAACUCCUACUCCGUCAACUCCUGCUGGACCCCAAAAUUUGCAGCAGGAAUUUUCUCUGGUUAAUUUAAAUAUCCCAAACAUGAGUAUUGAUGAGAUGGAUGCAUCAAAAAGGUCUUGUACGGUGACUAUACACAAUGGAAAAUAUGUUAUCAUUCUUAAACUAUACUUUCCUACAACUUAUCCAUUUAACAAUCCACCUUCUUUUGAGUUUUGCAAAGGAACUAAUAUUGAUGAUGACAUGAAAAAUGAAGUUCUCAGGGUCUUAAAAAUGAUGUCACAACAGCAAGUGAAGAGGAAUAGAAAUUGUUUGGAACCCUGCCUUCGUCAAGUUGUUAGCACUUUAGACACCUUAAUAACAGAUGAGCAACCACAAGAUUUACCUGAAAGUCCUUUUCAUAUGGAUCCAUCAAAACAAACUUUUAAUGCUGCAUCACAUUAUGGCUUUCAAGAUGUUAGUGUUCCAUUUCCAAGGACAUCAGGGGCUCGUUUUUGUGGAGCCAACUUGCUUGUAGUAUUCACAAGACCAUCGCACCUCCACAAAAUCAAUGCUCCCACGGAUGACACUCCUCGCUCAUUGUCCGCUUUGUCUGCCUAUUUAGCAUCUCAUGUGGUUUUACCAUUGAAAGGCAGAACUACAUCCUCAUCUCCUGCGCAGUACAGUUUAGUUUACCCUCCGCUAACUCAGAGUCCAAGUGGAGAGGCUUCAGUGUCUAUUUCAUCAUUUUAUCAUCAAGAGAGGAAGCAGAAGAAACGGAGGAACCUUCAAGAUCGUCGUUCUUCUGGUUUAAAACAGUUGAGCAACUCGGGUGCUGUUUUAAUAUACAGCAUCUCUAAAUUAAUACCUAUAAAUCAGAACCUGGCUCAAAAUUAUGUGUUUGGAUCAGAGGAUAUUUCUGCUACCUGUGCUAAAAAUGCUGCUGUAGCAGCUAAAGAAGGCUGUAGAGAUUUGGUCCAGGUUUGGUCUCUAGUUGGUCUCAUUGCAAGUUCUGCUUCUUCUGCUACUACAGGUGUGGAUGGCAUUCCUUGGGCUCAGCAUCCAUUUGGUCGUAAAGCUUUAGAGUCGCUGAUCUAUCAUUAUGGCAAUAAUUAUGAUGUUCAGACAGCUGCUAUGCUGGCCUGCAUUUUUCAUGUUAAGUCAUCUGAAAACAAAACUAAAAAAGCAAUGGAUGUUGUAUCAAGUGGAAAUAUUAGUCAAAUUUCUGGGAAGUGGUGGCUAAAGCCUGGAGGCUCUCCUUAUCAUACAGUUUUGCCAGCUGAUAAUACAUUUGAAGGUUGGAAUUUAGUAAUUGGCGCAGCUUUAAAAAGAAAUCGUUCAAACAGCUGGUCUGAUUCCAUUGAAGAGUACAGUUUUUUUGACGAUUAUUCUUCUAAUAAUAGUAGAAAUGAUGCACGUGAUGAAGAAAAAUUUGCUGUUGAAGCUAAUUCUAGACUUCUGGAUCCUGCACACGCAGCUGAAUUCGAUAACUACAAGCUGAUAUAUGCGGAUAUUCUUUAUCGGUGGAAUUUGCUGGAGCAAAGAGCUCAAGUUCUAAAAACUGUAUCUGCUACAAUUGAAAGGCAUAAAGGAAUAGACUUUUUGAUAGAGUGCCAACACUGUAAAAAAGAUGUAAAUGGAGCUCAUUGUUAUCAUUGCAAAAAAUUUGCUUUAUCCUGUGCUAUUUGUUCUGUUGCUGUGAAAGGUUGUUCAAGUUUUUGUAUGGUGUGUGGACAUGGCGGGCACACAAAACAUAUGGAAGAAUGGUUUAGCGAUAUAGAUGUUUGUCCCACUGGUUGUGGCUGCAAAUGCUUAGAAAAUAAUGAUAUUUUUGGUACAUGACACUACAAAUAUUUAAAUAAAUCUAUAAGCAAUAAGUGCCAAAGUAUUUACCAGUGAAUCUCAUUUGAUAAAUAUGAAUCUAAAAAAAUAAUUGUCAUGUUGAGCUUAAUUUUCUAGAUAUUCCUUUGUAUAUUUAAAGCAAAGGGGUGUAAGUGCUAAAAUUAAAACUUUUGAGAUAAUCAGUUCAAAUAGUAGGAGAAACUCUCAUCUGAUUUAACCCCUCAACAAUCGGAUAAUUUUCAAGAAAACGGUCAUAAAAGUGUCUAUUUUUUUAUUUAGGAAAAUUAUAUAAAAAGUGUAUGAACAAUAUGCAUUCAGUUUUUCAUUUUCAAUAUUUUUUAGAUUGAAAUUAAAAAAAAAAAAAAUUAAAAUUUUAUGAAAAGUCAACAAGCAAGCCCAAGCAAGCAGCAAAAAUUUAAGAAAUAUGUCUUUUAAACAUUAAAAAAGAAUUUUAUUAAUCUUUUGUGUAAUAUAAGUAAAUUUUUCUUGUGUGGUAAAUUUCAAAGCUUGAGAUACAGAGGCCAACGUCACAAUCUGGUAAGUAAUACCAAAAUUCCUUCCUGCAUCUCUGCAAUUACAUUUAAAAUUGACUGGUGCUGCCGUCUAGUGUAUAAAAAGAGAAAUAAAAUGUAUUCUGGGCCAAAAAAAUGAAUUAAUUUUGAUCGUUUCGUGGCGUUAAUAUUGCACACCCCAACACGGCAAUAUCACGGGCGCAAGAAAUGAAGAUCGAAACCCCAGCCCGGCAUAUUCACGAAAGCGAGAGGGAAGAGGUUAAGACAAGAGAUGGUAGUAGUAGCUCUGGUAUGGUGUUGCUGUAUUGCAAGAUUUAGAAAAAGGAAAAAAAUGAUGGAUGUCUAUUUUAGGGGUUUGAAUUUUAAUCAUUAAACUCUAAACUUAAAAAAAGCACACUUACAUUCCUUUUCUUCUGCCUCAAUUCUGAUGAACAUAUUUUCCAUUUAUAUUUCAUAUUGAAAUAUCUUUCCUUCCAUUAAAUUUUUUAAAAAUAACUAGUGUUGAUAGUUUUACUAUUGACUGAACUUUAUUUGAAACUUGA